AGAAGUGUAAUUAUAAGUAAGAGUACAAUUUGAGCUGGUCCAGAUCCGCACGCUAGCCGUGUUACCCGAUAACUGAAAAACCCCGAAGCCAACGUCGCCUGUCUACUGUUUACGGUCUGUCUUCGUCAGAAGUCUUUUGUCUACGCGCUGUCGAUGGCUUCGGUGCUUGAGAAAAACUAAAAAAGACCAGACGUAGAGUUUUCUUAGAAGCGGUGACCACUUCAACGUGUGUUAUUAUUGCUAUUUAUCCUUAAAUUAAAUUGAAUUUUUCCUUUUAUUUUUCUUUAGUCAAUUUACAUUUUUGGUGAAGCACUGCAUAAUUUAUCGUCUUUCUCUCGUAACAGAUAAGUUUACGAGAUAAUCGUUUUCUUCCAGUUUAACGUAUGUACCUGUCUCUAAAUCUUUCAAAUUACAAUCGCGAUUAACUUUUCAAAGAUAAGAUCUUUAAAUACUAUACGCAAAUAUUGACGGAUCUCUAUUCCAUAUACAUAGGCGAAAGAUAAACGAUAUCAUCUAUACUAAAUGUAUUGGAAUAUUGAAACAACUUUGACACUGUUCCGAUAUAAAAUGUUUCACGAGGUUUACGUAGUAUGUAUUUUGUAUUAUUUCACUUCCUACAAAAUUGAACAUCCUAAGUAAACAGUCGAUUGAAUUGUUAACGUUACGUAUGCUCAUCAACAAAACAUUAAUUCUUUCCACCGGUAACAUUUUAUCGUACAAAUUCGUUUAAUAGAUUAAAUAUUUGUCAUUGUUUGAUGCGACCAAAUAACGAGAGCGGUUAUUUUAUCGAAAAAUACAUCGGCUGGCUCUUAUUGUAGCGAUCGAUUUAACGGAGAAGCACGUGUAUUAAAUAAAGAAAGCCUCAAUUAUGUUCGCGAGUUAAUUAAUUUCAUUAGCCUUAAAUUAUAGCAUUUGUUUAUUCGUUUAUAAUUAUCGUCUCGCGUAAUGAUGAUCAGGAUGAUCCAGAUUAUCGAUCGUUGUUUAAGCACUUUAUCGCAAUAAUACCGGAAGAAUAUGAUGAGCGCAAAUACCAAACGUUAUCCUCAAAAUUGUAUCGCGUUGUGCUUUUCAAAUUAUUGCGUCGCGAUAUUUAUAUCUUCACAAUUGACAAAGAAUUUGAGAUUAAGCAUAAAAGAACUCGUCGACCUUUAUCUAAUAACGUUUAUCGAAAUAUUAAUUCGCGUAAAUAUGCGGUCUAAUUAUGAGACGUUCUUACACACUUUUAUACGUUUAUGACCCGAAUUUUACAAUUUCGUCGAAUUCCCCAUUUUCCUUUGUGUUUCCGUUGCACUCGCGAAAGCGCAAUGACGUCGCAGCUUCGAACGUAUCGCUUUAAAGCAACAGAUUAACGGAUCAGUUUCGUAAAUACCACGUGUAAAUCAGACGGAAACGAAAAGACUGCGAUCAACUUCGUACGUACUAACGGCACCACGCCGUUUUAUCAGCGAUAGAUCGAUCGUAUUGCUACGAACAGAGCUGUCCAAAUAUUUCUGUCAGGCUUUUAUCGUACAAUGCUGAACGCGCAUGUCGACGAUUGUUCGUAUAUAGUUGAAUAGCUUCCGAACUAUUUGACGUAUCGAUGUUAAAACGAGAAUCCACGAAAAGGGGGAAACGAUCGAUGUCAAAUAUACCCUUAAACAUCUGUCGUUUAAACUCAUAGCCGUAAGUCUCGCGUUAUCGUUUCUAUCGUAUGCGAAUCUCGAGCGAAAUCGAAACAGCAAAGGCAAAGCGUAUUUCAUCGUCGCGUCGCACAACGAAUACGACGUUGGCCGCUCGCCGAUGUCGUCUCACGAGACCCGAGACGUUUUAUUUGCGGCUACGGUACUAUGAAGCGUAUUCAGAACCAACCUCUCGAUAAUAGCUUUUGUCGAUUAUCUUGAUAUCUGACGUUAUAUAGUUCUCUAGUAGCGCGCAACUGCGCAGACGAUCGCGAUCGCGAUUGCGAAUCGAAGUUGGUGUCGAAGUUGACGGGACAUUCGUAAUACCGUUUCGACCGUAAAUAUUUUACUGAUAUUUUCGUACAAUCACCAUGACGGAAGCUAAACAAUGGACAUCCAAGUGCAGCGGACGGGAAGCGGUUUGAUCCAAACGCACCUUAUAAGACCAAAUAAAGCCUCAUGGACGAGGAUGAUCGUUGUUUGGGAUGCUCGGUAUCCGUGACAUACAUACGCAAUGAAAACGACGUAUACACACGAAGAGGGUUUCACUGGGAGUUGGCGGUGCCUUGGUGGAGCUAACGCAGGAUCCUGAACGGGGUAGCUGGGCCAAUCCCAUCGAGUUUGUUCUAUCCUGCAUCGGGUAUGCCGUUGGCAUUGGCAAUGUUUGGCGUUUCCCUUACCUUGUAUAUCGUAAUGGCGGUGGUACGUAUAUAUACAUAUGUUGGUAGCUGUGCGUAUCCUGGCGUCGUGGUGAACGUACGGUAUGUAUGCUGCAUGUGGAUACGGGUAGCGUGUGCGCACGACUUUCCCAUACGAGAAAAACGUCUAGUCGUAUUCGCUAAACAGACGGUCACGGGCUAGCAAACGAACUACUGGAUUACGCGGAAUGAUUUAUUUUCGUGCGUCGGCCGUUUUCGUAGAAAAAGGAGAAAACCGGAAGGGAGAAAAAGGGAAAAGAGAGGAAGCAGAGAAAGAGAAAUAGGCGGAUGAGCAGACGCGUGACACGGAGUGUACGUGCGUGGUCGACGUGACGAAGCGACUAAUUCGAAUAAUUAAGCGUAGUUUGGCAGCUCGUGACCGAGCGUUCGGGAAAUUUAAUAAAUCUUUCCUGGCUGCGUGUGCGGUUGUGCCUGUUGAUACAGCCGCUCCUCUCUUUCACCGGGUUUAUUUGCGAAAUUCCAAAAGGUAGGAAAAGAGAGAGAGAUGCUGCCCGCGUAUUCUGAACACUUGGCUUUUAAUUAUUCUAUUUUACUUCCACUCUCGUCGUUUUGUUCUUUUCUGUUUACGUGGCCCCAGCUCUUCAUUGUUCCCCGGUCGGCGCAGCGGCUCCUAAUGAAAGACGACCAAAGAGAGAAUAGUGGCUGACCGUUUUUAACCUUUCUACUGUAACGCCGUGUUUCGUCGCGUUAAUCAGACUCAGGGGCUCGAUAACUUUUAAUUAGUAUCCAUUCGAAACGAAUGAUAAAUCGGCUCGUAUUCCUUGGGUAUAUUUAUCUGGUUGUUCCGACGUAAACGAACACGAACGGGACAUUAAUCGACAUCAAGAAUAGCCUUUUUAAUCGAAGACAUCGUUUUUUACUUAUUUUUUAGUACCGCGGUUGUUUAAUUUUUUCGUUUACCAACCAACUUUUUAUCGACGAUUUGCCGUUUAUUAUACGUUAGAACGAGAAGAUUAGAUACAGUCUUCGGUAUUUAUUCGACCGAACAGAGAUGUAUAUACGUAUACAUCGAUUCACGAAAGUAUUUGAACAUUUACCAUGGAAAGCUUUUAUAUCCAUACCGUAUGUAGUGUGCAUGGAUGUGCGGUAUAGUAUGGAUAAUCGACUGUUUAAAUACUUCUAUGAUCUCUGCGAAAUAUGUUCUUGUACCAAGCAUCUUGUAAUACAUAUUUUCAGAUUCCACCGAUACAAGCGUUACAAGUCUCAUAACGGUGCUGACAAAAUUUCAUUGAUCGAUACUUGUGUUCGAAUACUUGCGUGAACCUACGUGGUAUCGUAGUUGUCGCCGUCCUCGUUAAACUCUUUAUAAAUACGUUAUAGCGUAUUUCCAGUCGUUGCUCUGUUUACAGGUGCUUUUUUAAUUCCAUUCGUUUUAAUGCUGAUAACCAUGGGAUUGCCGAUAUUUUUUUUGGAACUCGCGAUUGGACAAUAUUCAGGACUUGGCCCUAACGAAGCGUUCACACGUAUGGCGCCGGCACUCGAGGGUCUCGGUUAUUGCACCCUCGUCGUCAUUUUGCUUGUAAUGGUCUACUACAUGGUGAUCGUUGCCUGGACACUUUUCUACACGUUCGUCUCGUUCGUGCCGAAGCUCGGUUGGGCCUACUGCGACAACGAUUUCAACACGAACGAUUGUUAUAGUGGCCUGCAAGGGAUCCAAUGUCAAACGAAUGAUCCGGAAACGAUAUUUUACAACAAGACUUGCGUAUCGGCCAGGCUUAUCUGCAAGAAUUUUGGUUUCGAGGAUGGCAACGUCACGCAUUGUUUCGAUACGAACAGAUUGGAACUUCUCCAACACCUUUAUACUCGCAUCCUUUCUUCGGAGGAAUAUUUCAACGACCGUGUAUUGGGUCUACGAGGUGCCACGUGGGAACAUUUUGGAGGCAUAAGAUGGGAAUUGUUAGGAUGUCUCACCCUCGCUUGGAUAGUCUGCUUCCUAUGCCUGAUGCGCGGUGUCCAGUCCAUUGGGAAGGUCGUCUACUUUACCGCACUUUUCCCUUACGUCAUGCUUACGGCGCUACUGAUACGAGGUGUUACACUGGACGGUGCUGGUGACGGUUCUCUUUGGUUUAUUACGCUAAAAUGGUCAACACUGGAAUCAACUAGCGUAUGGGCAGAUGCUGCAUCCCAAGUUUUCUAUUCCCUUGGUAUCGGUUGUGGAUCUUUGAUCACUCUUUCGAGCUACAGUAAUUUCAAUAACAAUUGCCACAGAGACGCAAUUAUCGUGACGUUUACGAAUCUCGCAACGUCGAUCUUCGCCGGAUUCGUGAUUUUCUCCAUUAUGGGAUUCCUUGCCCGUCAAGUGGGCAUGCCAAUCGACGACGUGAUCAAAAGCGGGGCAGGCCUGGCUUUCAUCGCGUACCCAGAAGCCGUGGCACGGAUGCCGUUGCCCAAUCUCUGGGCAGUGUUGUUUUUCGUCAUGCUGUUCAUCCUGGGCAUCGGUAGCCAAUUCGCAGGCGUGCAGGCGAUAAACACCGCCAUAUUGGACCUGCGACCAGAUUUACGAAAACACGAGAGCUACGUGGUAUUAGGGAUAUGCGUCACUUGCUGGCUCCUUGCUAUACCGAUGGUGUUCGAUGGUGGUAUUUACCUGUUCACGCUGAUGGACUGGAACACCGCUUCUUGGGCAAUACUAUUGAUCGGCAUUGCCGAGGUCGGCGUGGUAGGCUGGUGUUACGGGUGCAACAAAUUCCUGCGUAACAUAGCUGAAAUGCAAAUGCGGUUCAGCCUUUUGCUCCGCAGAUAUUGGUGGCUCAGUUGGGCUGUGCUCGCGCCUAUCACUUGUCUGGUGGUGUUCGUGUAUCAAAUAUGUACGUACGAGAUGCCUCGUUAUGGCGAGUACAUAUUCCCUGGCUGGGUGAAUGCGAUCGGAAUACUGAUCGGCCUGUCGACCCUCGCCCCGAUGCCGUUCUUUUUCAUCCGUCGCCUCUGGAAAGGUCCGAGGGACUGGAGUUUGUUUCGACCAAAGAAGACGUGGGGACCAGCUGUGGAGAAAGGUGCAGGUAACGGCAAUUCGUCCAUGGCGACCAUCAAGAUCUCGCAACCGUAUAGAAACGAACCGCAAGAGGAUUACAUUUAAUGAUUUUAACGAAUUCAUCUACUUUUUAGACGAUUCUAGUCACGUUAACGCGAAUGUUAAUCAACCGAUCCAAGCGUUCGAGAACGCUCUCUUCUCUACUCAGUUUUUUUUCUGUUAGAAAAGUUUUACAAAUAGAGUGAGGAUUUUUAUGCGUUUCUGUGAAACUUGCAAAAAUACACAGAAUGCGCGUAACUUCCAAAAACUUAUAAUUAAUUAUAAUAAUUUGCAAAAAUAUCUAAAAUAUAGAACUUUCGAAAUAUUCGACUCAUACACAGGUCGAAGUAGCUAAUUCCACUUUUCGAAAUUUUGGAAAUUUUAGCGAAGGUUCGAUCGAAGCUUAUCUGAUAUAGUUUCAUCGAUUUUCUCUGCUCUUUGUUUCGUGGAAUUUCAUUUUUUCAUUUUUAGGCAAGUUGCGUUUUCUUAAUCGUAUUCGUAGAAAUAUCAAUUCGCAUAAAUCUCCGCUGUCUGUUCAUCGAUUAUCUUUGUUGUAUUCUCUUUCAUUCGCUUUUGUCUGAUGUGAAACGAAUUAAGAGCUUCCAUCAGAUAAAAGUCAGACUGGAAGUUCCAAGGAACCCGGCAGAUUUUUCGGGCGAGAACGAAGAGCUACGAUAUAUUAACGCUUCGGCCGAUUUCAUAUUUUCCAAUACUCGCUGUAAAACUUGGGAACUCUGUUUUCGUUGAAACUUUUAAAUUAAUGCUAGCGAACAGCCGCGGUGGGUAGCAUCAACUACAACGAGGUGCGUGUGUUAUAGCAUUUCGCUAGCUGUUUCAAAGCAACGUUUUAAUUUCUAUGUCCAUGUGAACACGCUAACGCGUACCAACGAUAUUAAUGAAUUUGCAAUUUUUACCUGAAAAGAACUCAUCGGUUCGUUUUGAUGUUUCGUUCUUUGCAUUUCAAACAGGGAAUGUAUCGGCAAUUCCACUGGAAUACCGAGCGUGUGCAAAAUUCGAUAUGCGUUCCGAUGUCAACUUAUUUUUUCCAGAAUCCGUAAUUAUUCCAUAAUUGGGAUGUGUCAUCUAAUUGGUCUCGAUUUAAUAACGUUGUAUACGAUAAAAGAUGUUGAAAAUAUACUACGGUUGGAUUUAUAAUGCCUUAAUAAAUGUCAACUUGUUCUU